CCCUUUUGAAAUCUCUGUUUCAGAGGCCCAAGUUACUGUUGAGCCGGGGUACGAUACAUCCUUAGCUGUAGGGGGAUCUGGAUCGUUCACCUACAAGUGCGUGAACGGCGAUGCUUCGUCUCAGCUUUACCCGACUUGGACGAACGAGGCUGGUCAGGUCAUCCAGACAUCAGCAGGCGGUGGAAAUGAACGUGUGUAUACUACCGAGUCCAUCGAGCCUGUCAGUGGAGAAUUCUUGUACAUUACUCGGUUGACCUUCUCCAAUGUGGAGAUUACUGAAGAUGGCGUCUAUACUUGUUCAGUGAAUUCCGAUGAGGAAAGUAGACGGAUCAUCGUAUCAAUUCCGAUAACCUUCCCAGUCAUGGAAGCAGAAUCCAGUCAGCGUUUACUCAUUAAUCAAAACGGUCGCGUUGAAUGUACAAUCAAUUCCAAUCCUUUUCCCAGUGUGUACUGGAAACUCAAUGGCCAGUUCAUCGACCAAACAAACACUGAGGACAGGUACACAUUUAGUACUCAGAUGAUCGUAGAACCAGAGAAACCAGGUUUUGAGCAUGCUGAGAUUGCUAUUCUAGAAGUACGGGAUGUCAUUGCCGAAGAUGCCGGUUCCUACGAGUGUUUCGCAACGGUUGAUUCAAUAGGAUCCACUGAUACCUUGACUAUUGCAGUCCUCGUACAAGUUCCGCCUGAAUGGACCGUCCAACCCGAGGACGUCCAGGGUGUAGAGGGUUCCUCCGUGACCAUCCAAUGUGCAGCUUCCGGAAACCCCGACCCCACGUACACCUGGACGGACCAGUCGGGACAGGCCAUCACUCCUGUCGAGGGGAAGUAUGAGCUUGUUGAUGAUGGCGAGUUCUUUACCAUUCACAACCUGGAGUCAGCAGAUGAUCAGACCUAUGUGUGUACUGCCUCAAAUGAUGCCAUCAAUUCCACAACUACCACAGAAAUAACUGAUCCUGUGAGGUUAGAGGUCCUGAUCCCACCAGCACUCAACGCCCAGGACAAUGAGACUGUGAUCGAAGGAGAGCUGUUCAGUAUGGAUUGUAUCAUCACGAGGCCCGAUGCUACUGGCACCCUGUCGUGGAGGCGGUAUGGCAUCACCGAAGACGAUAUCGUCAAUGAAGGAACCUGGAAUCUUGAUAGCAGAGUCUCCGUUACAAGAAAGGACGAAGGAAGGACGUUGACCCUUUCACUCUCACCAUCCAACUAUGAUCACUCAGGAGGGUGGACUUGCUUUGUGGAGAGUGAUGCCGGUGAUGCUCAUGUAACCCAUUACCUCUCUGUUGAAUCUAUUCCUUUCAUCGACCGUAGCGAGACGCCCUCUCGUGUCUUGUCCUGGCCAGGUAACCUUGUCAACAUGUCCUGUGUUGUCAACGGCUUCCCGUAUCCCACCAUCCGUUGGUACAUCGUGCAGGAUGAGAGAUACAUCCGUGUCAAUGCCACUGAACACAUUCAGUUCUUACCAAACCAGCCCAGAGGCACGUCCGUCAUGUCGAUCACACCAACUGAGGCAGACUUUGUUCCAUAUUACUGCGAGGGUGUCAACAAGCACGGUGACGUAAGGGAACGCAUUGAAUUGGUAGAAGGAGGCUUUCCUUCUGAGCCACAGAACGUCCGUCUCACUGACGUCACUUCAUCAACCAUCAGGGUGCUCUACGACGAACCAGAAAACGACGGCGGUUUCGGCAUCGAGUAUUACGUAGUCAUGUACAAUUCCGGUUUUGAUAGCCUCAACGAGACAAGGAAAUACGAUAAUAUUACGAAUGUAGUGCUUGACGGUUUAGCCGGUAAUACGAGAUAUCAGGUUUGGGUGGCAGCAGAGAAUUACAGAGGCGUCGGAAUCUACUCCACAGGCAAAUACGCUACCACCGAACUCAAUACUGUAACAACAGUUGUAACCACAGUUACAGCUGGACCAAGUAUAUCUGCCCCAGCCAAGCCCAGGAUCACGUCAGAUGACGAUUCAGAAUAUGCCGAGAAGUACAUCCUUACCUGGGAGCCCCCUCAGGACAACGGAGGUUCUGCCAUCACCUAUUACCACAUAGAGUACGCUCAGGUUGAUGGUCCUGAUGAUGAUGAGCUAGGAUCAAGACCGGCUAACGAGUUUGAAGUCAUGUACACAGAGACCCAGGCCACGCUUCAACCGCUGAACCCUAACAAAUACUAUCUAGUGGAACUGAAAGCUCGCAACAGCCAGGGAGAUAGUCAACCUGCCAAACUAAACUUCAAGACGCGCGGUGGAUUUGAUUUCCCAACGGAAAAGCCAUACCGACCUGAGCAGCAAAUCGGUGCGCUUGGGACGACGGAGAUCGUGGCCAUCGUGGUGGCAUGCUUUAUCAUCCUCCUAAUUCUCAUUGACGUUUGUUGUUUCUGUAUGAACGACUGCGGUGUGCUCAUGUUCAUCUGCGUGAACUGCUGCGGCAAGGCGUCCCCGUCGUCCAAAGACGAGAUCGAGAUGGGAGAGGAGGAGUAUGGCCAUUCUAAGGCAAGUUCGCAACCAAAGAGCGCCCUCAAAGUUGACGAUGGUGAGAACUGUAUCACAACAGACGAGAUAACAGCGAGUACCUCCGAGCCUGGUGGUACCAAACCAUCGACCCCGCCCGGAGAUGGACCCCCCACCUACCAACCGGUUGAGAACGGCAAGCCGGAGGACGUUGAGGCUCCUGCACCCGAGACGACCCCGCAAGCCGAGUCCGAACCUCUAAUGAAUAAAGAUGGUGAUUACUAUGACGACGAUGUCUCCUCGUACCGGUACGCAGACAAGAAGCCCGGGGCCUCAGAUUGCUAGACCACCAGAUGCAACGUUUAUUUUUCUUUUGUAUUAUACCUGUAUUUGAAUCCAUUGAUGACUGGGUUAAGUUAUAGUCACAUAGGGCCAUGCAUGCCGAGUGGUAAAAAGGAUAUUUGCUAAAUUAAGGCCUGUAUUCACAAAGGUGGGUUAAAUUACAUCAUUUGACAACAUAGGCUAAAUUUAAUCCCUAGUUUCUCUAAUUUGCAAUAAGUGAAAGUGAGUAAAGUUAACCCACAUUUGUGAAUUCAGGCCAUUAAAGGGGAAGU